AUGCAUAAAAGGACAAAGAUCGGUUGCAAAAAACUGAUUCAAGAAGCUAUUAACAACUGUCCUGUUCCUACUAUUCAGAAUUAUAUUAGAAGGAAUUACAUGAGAAAUACACAACAAUGGGCAUUGUGGGCGUGCCAACAUUUCCCUUUGCUUUUGCAAGUCACCUCCACAAAUCCGUUAGAAUCUUACCACAGUGAAUUGAAAAGGAAAACAUCAUCCUUACAUGGUUUAAUUGGUGCCAUCCAUAAUAUCGUUGCCAUUGAUUGUAAAAAACAAUCCGAUUCCAAAAGUGCCACCUUUGACUUUCAUGUUAAAAAAGUAUCAGCUUAUGGUGUAGAAAAGGAUAUUAUCAAGGAGAUUCACAAAUUCCCCUUACCAUUUCAACAUUUACUUAUUAAAGAGGCCUGUGCCAUAAUGGAUAGAUUGGAGAAAGGUAAAGGUGCACCGGGUUUGACUUCACUUGAUUGUCACUGUUUGUUUUACAAUCAAUACUUGUUACCGUGCAAACAUAUUUUUCACGAACAUAUGUAUGGAGACGUGAAAUUAUUAACUACUGAUGUAUGGAGAAUGUUUCAGAAAAUAUUUGAGGAGAGCGGGUUUGAAGUAUAUGAAUAUCGUGAAUUAGUGAUAGAGUUUGUACAAACAGAACAACAAAAAAAAGCCAAAAGUCGGAAACUUACUGUGUUCGAAUUGACUGAAAGAGUCUGCGAUAGAUACUGGAGUGUUGAAGAGGGGGUAUUAAAUGCUGAGAGAACAGAGGCUUUUAUUUCUACAUUAGAAGUCUCUUUAAAUCCUAUUAUCAUACAAUUUAAAUAA